GUGGGUUCAUUGGGUUCAGCUGGAAGAUUUUGAUUCGAGAUUUCAGUCGAGCUGUCUCCGGGGGUCGUGGCGAGCGACGCGCGCAACUUUACCGGACUUGAAGCGCGCCUCCUCCGCUGACCAUGGACGGGAACCGUCACUCCGACGACCUCAGUCCCAACAUGUCCACGUGGCCGAUGAACGGGAGCGACCCAUGGCCGGACCACAACGUGAGCGACCAGCCCCAGCCCUUCUCCUUCUUCAGCAUCCUGACGUUCACGCUGCUCGCCAUUCUCAUCCUCGCCACGUUCGCCUGGAACGUCCUGGUCAUCGUCACCAUCCUGCGGGUAAAGACCUUCCACUGCGUGCCGCACAACCUGGUGGCCUCCAUGGCCGUGUCUGACGUCCUGGUCGCGGCGCUCGUCAUGCCGCUGAGCCUGGUCAGUGAGCUGCACAGGCGGCGCUGGAGGCUGGGGCCUGUCAUGUGCGACGUGUGGAUCUCCUGCGAUGUCCUCUGCUGCACGGCCAGCAUCUGGAACGUGACCGCCGUCGCGCUCGACCGCUUCUGGUCCAUCACCAGGCACCUGGAGUACACGAUAAGGGUCCGCAAGUGUAUCUCCAACCUCAUGAUCGCCCUCACGUGGCUGCUGUCUGCCACCAUCUCGCUGUCGCCCCUCUUCGGCUGGGGCGAGGGAUACUAUUCGGACAAGUCGCAGCACUGCCACUUCAGCCAGGGGCCGUUGUACACUGUCUUCUCCACGGUGGGCGCCUUCUACCUGCCCCUGUGCGUGGUGCUCUUUGUCUACUGGAAGAUCUACAAGGCGACCAAGUUCUGCUUCGGCAGCCACAAGGCGAACUCAGUGAUGCCCAUAUCCGACGAGAUUGAGGCCAAUGACCCAUCGCGCAAGCCGCAGACGGUGUUCACCGUGCACCACGCCACCGUCACGUUCCAGCUAGGCGAGGGGGACACGUGGCGCGAGCAGAAGGAGAAGCGUGUGGCGCUCAUGGUGGGCAUCCUCAUCGGCGUGUUUGUGUUCUGCUGGAUACCCUUCUUCAUCAAGGAGCUCAUCAUCCCGCUGUGCUCCUGCGACGUGCCGCCCGUGUGGAAGAGCAUCUUCCUCUGGCUCGGCUACUCAAACUCAUUCUUCAACCCGCUCAUCUACACUGCCUUCAAUAAAAACUACAAAAACGCUUUCCGGAAUAUAUUUUCAUGAAGCAGUAGGGAUUUUUGCAGUGUUUGUUGUUAUGCUUUGUUUGUUUUUGUGUCUGGCUGUCGUGGCUGUAGAUAAAAGUCUGAGACUCGGUACGCGCACUGAAUAGUGAUAGUAAUGAUAAUAUCACAAGAUAAAAAAUAGCACAGCGUUUAUCAGUAGCGAUGAUUAUUCAUUGUAUUGCAGGAAUUAAUAACGGCGUGAGUGGGGCCCAUCUCUGUCAGUGGCCCUGAGCCUAGUGGUGAUAAUUCCACAUCCCAAUGAUUGGGUCAGUAUCUCGAUUAGAGGACCGCUGUUGACUUCCCACAAAGUAAAGUGGUACUCAUGUUAUGAUCGUCAUGGUGAUGAUAGAUUGAGUCGACUCCCAGAAGCUGGCCGCUGGUGGCGAUGCACGCAUGUAGCCUGAGCGUGACGUCACAGGCUCCGCGUGUUCCCCACCCCCCUCCCCCCAAGUCGGCACGGAGCUCCCACCCCUACGGCUGCUGCGCUGCCCAUAUCAUAUCAGGUGAGCUGAGUUAAGUACAGAGGUGGUCUUACCAAUGAAUGGCUGCAACGUCUCAGACAGAUAUUGGGCCAGUUUCUAGGUGGGUGAGCCAAUGGUGGAGACGAUGGGACGAAGGGGUGCACCUUCUUCAUGGAUUUUUGGUAAGCCAUAUAAUCUGGGUGGUCUAGCAGCAGAAGGUUUUAAGGAAAACCGUUUGGUCUGUUCAAUUAAUGAAGCUGAAUCAGUGAUGAUACUGUUCGUUUUUGUAACGAGGCUGUUUGUGGGAUCUCUUUUAAUUUUCACUCAGCUCACCUGGUAUCGUCAAUUAAAGACAUCUCAAUGUCCCCAGGUGAUUUGCUCGUUAGUUUUGAUGUAGUUUCUUUGUUCAACAAAGUUCCUGUGCCCGAUACCAUUGCAAUCAUUGAAGAUUUAGUCCAACAAGGAUUGAAU